AUGAAGCACACACAGGUGGCUGUGCUGCUCCUCAUGCAAAGCAUGAUUGCUCUGGCUGGAGCAACGACAACAGAAGUGACUCCCCCAAAUGCAACGCUUCCAUAUCCGACUCAGCCCAGCAAGACUGGCAACGUACAGACUCCCCCAAAGCUCUUUACCAAUGUGUCCGGCUCUGUGGAUGACAAAGGCACCUGUCAGUGCUCUGUGUACUUGCCAGAUACCACCUUUCCAGUGCAGAAGGCUGAGCAUUUGGAAAUUAUAGCCACGAUGCUGUCGCAGAGAUUUGAGAUAGAGCUUUCUAAAGUUAGAGAGUACUCAAAAAAGAUUGAACUGUAUCAGCAGCAAAUCCUUAAUCUAACCAUCAAGGUGGAACACAUGGAGAAGAGCAGUGUAUCUUACACAGAACUGGACUUCCAGUUACUGAAAGUGGAAAUCAGUGACCUAGAUAGGCUGGUCACUCAGCUGAAGUCCAGCCUUGUUGGAAGCAAUGUCAUCGUUGAGGAAAUAUAUUUGGAGAUCAGAAAUCUGACUAUACUGGUAAAUGAACUAGAAUCACUGGACAAAACCAAUGUCCUUGCAAUUCGUCGACAAAUUGUAUCUCUCCAGAAGCGAUUGAAAGAUAAAGAGAGCAGAAACAAAACUACAGUACCCCCAUAUUUCCCACCAGGUAGCUGCAUUCACCGUGGACUGCUGAAUGUUAGCCAGCCCUAUAUUGUAAAGCUGAACUGGAGAGGAUUUUCCUACAAAUAUGGUUCCUGGGGUAGAGAUUACUCUCCCUCUGACCCAGAGAAUGAAGUCUAUUGGGUUGCACCAUUGAACACAAAUGGGAGAUACUUGGAAUAUUACAGAAUUUAUAACUCCUUUGAUAAUUUGCUGCUCUUUGAACCCACAUAUGAAAGUAGAAUAACAUAUGGGGAAGGAAGCGGUGCUGCCCUUUAUAAUAAUUUUUUGUACUAUCACGCUUAUAGUUCAAGAGAUAUGGUGAAACAUAAUAUAAAAACAAACACCAUGGUUUUGAGGAAGCAGCUUCCAAAUGCUGCUAUCGGUAACCGCUUCUCUUAUGCAGGUGUAUCAUGGCAAGACAUAGAUUUUGCUGUGGAUGAAAGUGGGUUAUGGGUAAUAUAUUCAACAGAAAAUAGCAUGGGCAACAUUGUGAUUAGCAAACUCAAUGAGACCACACUUGAUGUGCUAAAUACUUGGCAGACAAGACAGUACAAGCCAUCUGUUUCCAACGCUUUCAUGUUAUGUGGUGUUCUGUAUGCCACAAGGCCACUGAACACUAGGAAAGAGGAAAUCUUCUACAUGUAUGACACGAGUACUGGCCAAGAAUCUAGAAUUAGUGUCGUUAUGGAUAAAAAAUUAGAUACAAUCCAGAGUAUCAAUUAUAACCCCACAGAUCAGAGAUUGUAUGUUUACAAUGAUGGUUACCUUCUAAGAUAUGAUGUGACUUUUCAGGCUUAG